AUGCCAGCCGACGAAAGUGCUGAUCAUGCUCCAGAGCAGUGCUCACUUGAUGAAAAGAAAUCCCCAGGACUGCAGGAUGCAAACAUCGACCAGCAAUCCUCGACGUCCCCUAGCGAUGAGGGUGAAUAUCCCACCGGCUUACGAUUGAUUUUCAUUGUUGUUGCUUUGGUCUUGGCGAUCUUCUUGACUUCCUUGGACUUCACCAUUAUUGCUACGGCUAUUCCACGUAUUACCGAUGACUUCCAUAGUCUCGGCGACGUGGCUUGGUACGGGUCGGCCUUCUUCCUGGUUACUGCUGGCUUUCAAACAGCUUGGGGCAAGGCGUAUCUCUUUUUUAGCCUGAAGAUCACCUUUCUGCUGGCCAUUUUUAUCUUUGAAGUGGGCAGUUUGAUCUGUGGCGUCGCCCCUUCCUCGGUGGCCCUGAUUGUCGGCCGUGCGAUCGCUGGUUUGGGUGCCGCAGGCGUGAAUACCGGAUCCUUCACCCUGGCGGCCUUUUGCGCACCACCCCAAAAAAGACCUAUCUUCACAGGGUUGAUCGGUCUCUCCUAUGGUGAGCGCGAGGCUACUACUCCCACAGACUUGCUCGCCGAGCUAAUUGGGUCUAUAGGAAUCGCAUCGGUCGUGGGACCACUUCUUGGCGGUGUUUUCACGGAGAAAGCCACCUGGAGAUGGUGUUUCUAUAUUAACCUCCCAGUAGGCGCUGUCUCCGCGAUCUUCAUUAUCGUCUUUUUCCAAAGCCCGCCCGCCUCGAAGUCUACGGACACCUCAUCGUUGUGGUCCAAAGUGAUGCAGAUGGACCCCAUUGGAACCUUCUUGAUGAUGGCUUCCGUGACCUGCUAUAUCCUCGCAAUGCAAUAUGGCGGAUUGACCCAUCCCUGGAACAGUUCAGUGGUCAUCGGCUUAAUCGUCGGCUUCGUAGCGAUCCUCGCCGUUCUCUGUGGCUGGGAAAUAUACAUGGGCGAGAUGGCCAUGUCCUGCCCUCGCUUGGUUAAAAAGCAUGCGAUUCCGUCGGCAGUGGGCUUCUUCUUCUUCGGCUCAUACAUCGUGGUGAUUUAUUAUCUGCCCAUUUACUUCCAGAGUAUUGAUGGCACUUCCGCCAUCGGCUCGGGUGUUCACAACCUGCCUUUUAUCCUCGCGGUGUCCAUUUUCACGGUUCUCAGUGGCAUUUUGAUUUCCAUGACUGGCUAUCCCGCACCGUUUGUGAUAUCUGGGGCCGCAGUCGGCACCAUCGGAUGUGGCCUGUUAUAUACCUUCAAUAUCGGCACCAGUACAGGGAAAUGGAUUGGCUAUCAAAUCCUAGCCGGCGUCGGCAAUGGAUUUGGCGUCCAAGUUCCGAUGAUCAUGGCCCAGGGAAAUACCGAACCGCCCGACAUGGCGGCGACAACUGCUAUUCUCAUGUGCUUCCAAACCGUCGGUGGUGCCUUUAUGCAAUCCGGUGCCCAGGCCGCAUUCGCAAAUCGCCUCCUCAUUGAACUCCCUCGAACGGCGCCAGAUGUUGAUCCUUCCGCUGUCGUUGCUGCGGGAGCAACAGAGCUCAAAUCAUUCGGUGCCAGUCUAGAUGGAAUCCGCCUCGCUUACAUGGACGGAAUCAAAGUCACAUUCGCAUUCGCAUGUGCUUCGAUGGGUAUAGCUUUCCUCUUAGCCUUUUUCGCGCGGCGAGCACGAAUUGGGGGGGAAGCCGUGAAGAAUGCCAUGGCCGCUGCUUAG